AUGGAAGCUUCAACUAACGGACGGCACCAGGCACCACACCCCUUCCAUCCAUCCAUCCAUGCAUUCACGUAAGCACACACACACCCACAGCCACAUGUACCCUCCCCUUUCAGUCGUUGGUGUUGGAUGCUACAUCAGCCCACGAUCCGUCAGUCAGUCAGUCGUUCGCUCACUCACUCAUUCCCCCAUCCACUCGGUCAGUCACAGUCUGGUCUCCCUGCCCUUAGCUUUUGCCCCUCUGCCCAGCCCAACCCCAUCCUGCAGAGACGCCCUCGCCGCCCCCUGCUUCUGACGCUCACGCUGACCCUCCCGCAGAUAGCCCGUCGACCGCUUGGCCGGCGGACCGGGCCCACGCCCCACGCUGGGGGGGGCCACUGGGGACUGUUGCUGCUGCUGCUGCUGCUCGUCGUCAGAUUCACGCAGAGAGGGGGGUGACGGGAGACAUAUGUCCAUCCCACUGCUGCUGCUGCUGGUGUUGUUGGUGUUGUUGUGGUGGUCUUCUUGCCCGGGGCCCCCACCUCCACCUCGCCCCCCUCCCCCGGCAGUGUCAGGGCUGAUAUCAUCGCUCUUGCGUUUGUUGGACGACGGGUGCUCGAUCAUCGAGGCCAAUGGGCGUCUCUGCGGCGUCAGCUGGUGCUCCCUCCGUGCUUUGCGAUUGGCCCUGCCCCUGGCCACCCCACUGACGCGAGGCGGUGCCACAGACUGCCGCGGGUGGCCCCGGCCCCCCAUUAUCUUGCCCAUGAGUCCCCCCGCUCCGGUCUUCCUCUUUUUGCUGUUGAUGGACAGGCGGCGCAUGCCCUUGGCUGGUAUGCUCUCCUCGUCGCUGGUCUCCUGCGACCGGGGCUGCUGCUGCUGCUGCUGGCGGUGGGGAUGGGGGUGUUGGUCGCCACUCUGGUCAGGGGGUGGCAUGGCAGUGUUGGUGUUGCGCGGAGGGGCUGUGUUGGCCGGGGCGACGGGCGGCGCCACAGGCGGGGAGAUCACCUGAUGCAUCCAAAAGAAGAGAGACAGCGGUGUGUUUCGGUGGGUUCUGCUAUGUGUGUGCGUCGGUGGCUGCGUACGGGCGUGUACCUGUAGUUGCAGGUCCAUGUCGGGCAUCGAUAUGCCGAACGACUCCAACGUCAAACGAUCAUGCUCAGACACUAGCGCACGAUUAGCAGGGUCAUCCUGACACGGACGCACACGCACAACGAGCCAAUGCUCACCAAACCCCAUACAUACGGAACACGGAGCAGCAUCUCUCUCAAUGCUUUCAGAGCUUACACGCAGGAUGGUCUCCAUAUUCCAUGAAGUCUUGUCGGUGUCGGGUCUGACCACCUCCGCAAACAAAGACUCCAACGCCUCCAGUUGCUGGCGUGGGCAGGGCAGGGCACGGCAGCCUUCAUGGUUGUUGACGGAUGGGAUGGCUGGGGUGGGUGCGCUACCUACCUUGAUGAGCAUGGCUGUGAGUUGGCUCGACGCGAACUUGACAGUCCGGCCUGACAUGUAGUCAAGAAACCUGCACAAAUAUCACAUCACACCACACCCACAUGGCAUGUGAUGGCAUAUAUGUGAGGCCUGGUCUUUCUCUCCAUCUCAUCUCACGUGGUGACGUGGCGGACGGCGUCGAUAUCAGUGAGGUCAUCCCCCACGCCAAUGAGUGUCAUGAACCGGCCCCUCGGAAACAUCCGGAUCUCCUCACCCACUACCAACGCCUGCACACACACACACACACACCAUGCACUCAUUGCAUUCCACCCACAUCCAUCCUUUCUGUCUGUCUGUCUGUCUGUAGGUCUCUCCUUCUGUCCCUUGUGUGAUAUCUAUCACCCCCACACACAGCCCCACCUUCCCCCCCACCGCUCUCUCACCUUCCACAGAUCGGGGUGCCGCCACUGCCGCUUCCUGACCGACGCGUGCACCACGUCGAUGCCGCACUCGUCCACAACACGGUGCAUCUCGGGGAAGUGCCUCAACACACUCUUAUCCCACGCCCUCUCACUCAAGUUAGUCACCGCCACCACCUUGCCAGCCCGCCCCGCCCCACACAGGAUCCGACACAUGGCGCCAUCCAGCCGACGGGCAGCCGUGGCGGCCGCGUCGGCAUCUGCAAUGCCCUCCGGGUGGCUGAGGACGCCGUCCCAGUUGAAGAAGAUGAAGGUGCCGGACUGCUUGCAGGGGGUGAAGGUCUGUUCGGGCUCUCCUCCCAGGGCGCGUCCUUGGUCGUAGCGGAAUGCCUUGACGUUCUUCCGCCUGCGCUGCUUCGCAUGGAAGGACUGCUCCUGCUCGUGAUGCUGGGUGUGGCGGGGAGGGGCGGAGUGGGCCUGGCCGGUGGGGCGGGGCUUGGGCGGCGCCUGCGGUCUGUCGGACGAGCUGCCAUCAUGAUCAUUGUGUUGGUGCUCCAGUGCAUCAGACGGCUUGGAGGGGGAGAGAUCUCGACCUUCAGGCCCAUCCACGCCACUGUCCGAUGGCAGGCAUAUCGCCUUCUUCGACGGUGAAAAGAAGAACGAAAACAUCCCGGCCAUCCCUUAUCUUUGGCCGAUUGCGGCCGGGUCA